AGUUUCUCAUACCGCACAGUUAUGGAGCAAGAAGUCAAAAUCCCGCACGCAUCGCGGUCAGCUGCUAAGAGAUAAAUUUGGGGAAUUUGGUUGAAAGGUUCUUUUUUACACGAUUUUUCAUUAAAAUGGAGGACAGGUUAAGAAGAUACGAAAAAAUCGAAUUUCUCGGGGAAGGACAGUUCGCCACUGUCUACAAGGCAAGAGACACUCAAACAGAGAAUAUAGUAGCUGUGAAAAAGAUAAAAGUUGGAAGCAGAGCUGAGGCGAAGGAUGGCAUAAAUCGUACUGCUCUACGAGAAAUAAAAUUGCUUCAAGAAUUGCACCAUCCCAAUAUCAUAGGCCUGCUGGAUGUUUUUGGUCACAUGUCAAAUGUUUCACUAGUUUUUGAUUUUAUGGAUUUUGAUAUGGAAGUAGUAAUAAAAGAUACAAACAUUGUACUGACCCCCGCCAACAUAAAAUCAUAUGUUUUGCAAACCUUGCAGGGUUUGGAAUACUUACAUAAUAAUUGGGUAUUACAUAGGGAUCUGAAACCUAAUAACCUACUUGUUAAUAGUGACGGUGUUCUUAAAAUAGGUGAUUUUGGCUUGGCUAAAUUUUUUGGUUCACCCAACAGAGUUUAUACUCAUCAAGUUGUUACAAGAUGGUACAGAGCUCCUGAACUUCUAUAUGGAGCCCGAAUGUAUGGGACUAGUGUUGACAUGUGGGCUGUUGGUUGUAUUCUUGCGGAACUACUUCUUCGUGUCCCAUUUCUUCCCGGUGAAACUGAUCUUGAUCAAUUGACCAGAAUCUUCCAAGUUAUGGGUACACCCACAGAAGAGACUUGGCCGGGUUUAACAUCACUUCAAGACUAUAUUCAAUUCAAGCCCAUGCCAAGUCAGCCACUGAGAAAUAUUUUCUCAGCUGCUGGGGAUGAUCUAUUAGAUCUUAUAACCAGCCUGUUAAUGGUAAAUCCCUUGGCACGUUGCACAUGUGAACAAGCUUUAAAGAUGCCCUACUUUAGCAACAAACCAGCACCAACCCCAGGACCACAAUUGCCAGUUCCUACCUCAUUGAAUGGAAGGAAACAAGACGAAAGGCCAAGUCUGAAGAGGAAGCUGUUAGAUGCUGUAGACGGCGGUUCUUUGGCAAAAAAACUAAUUUUUUAGUAGAAGUCUUCAAAUUAGAUGUGUCCCCAAGAAGUGUCAUCUAGUCUCACCACUGGGGAAAGGAUGAGAACUCAGCAAUGAAUUGAAAACAGUGGACUUAGAGCUGUGAUUUUUUUUUCUUUUUGUUCAAGCAGAUUAGACCUAUCUGUUCCUGUACAUUUAAGUGUUCAUUAGUUUUUGUUGUUGUUGUUUUUUCCUGUACAAAAUGUAAGCACAAUCAAAUGUCAUUCAUUUCAGUCACUACUUUACAUUUUUUUAAAAUUUACAAAUGUAAUA